AUGGUAGCACCAUUCCGUUUCCAGAACACGGUCGAUAGGCUAGACAAGCCGUCGUCGUACACAGUGGGAAAGCACAAGAAGCGGAAGCGAAACGCCAACGAAGAAGAACCCAACCGCGCGCCGUCGCCAGAGCUCGAAGACAAGCUCGCUAAUGCGACCACCCUCUACGUCGGCAACCUCUCCUUCUACACCACCGAGGAGCAGAUCCACUCGCUGUUCAGCACAUGCGGCGAGAUCAAGCGACUGGUCAUGGGCCUCGACCGCUUCAGCAAGACGCCCUGCGGCUUCUGCUUCGUCGAGUACUACACGCACGAGGACGCGCUGGAUUGCUUGAAAUACGUGGGAGGCACGAAGCUCGACGAGCGUAUCAUCCGUGCUGAUUUGGACGAGGGAUUCAGCGAGGGCAGACAAUACGGACGAGGCAGAAGCGGUGGGCAGGUAAGAGACGAGUAUCGGGAAGAAUACGAUCCAGGCCGUGGUGGGUUCGGUAGAAUGGUUGCAGAAGAGCGUGGUGCGAUGUACGACGACUACCAGUAG